AUGUUUACCACUUUCAAAAAGGCUUUCAAUCGGGUGAAUUCUCGACCUUGGCUCUCAAAAUUCUUUGAACCUGUUUCUCAAACAUCAAGAUCUCCCAAUCCACGCCAGAUAACAGAAGAGGCAGACUUUUAUUCUAUGGGAGGUUUCCAUCCCGUUUCGCUGGGUGACACUUUCAAGUUUGGUACAUACAAAGUGAUGAGGAAACUAGGCUACGGGCAGUAUUCCACCGUUUGGUUAGCCAGGGAUUCCAAGGCCCAGAGAUUUGUGGCACUCAAAAUACUGAGAGCCGAUUGCUACAGUGGCUCGCACGAUAUCUUCGAGCGAGAAAUUCUCUCCAGAUUAUCAAAUAUCACCGAGAAGAGCACCCAUAGCGGCCGACACUAUGUAUUACCGCUUCUAGAUCAAUUUCAACACGAGGGGCCAAACGGACAGCAUGUAUGCUUUGUGUUCGACGUGUUAGGCCACCACUUGGAUUUUCAAACCGCAAAAUACGAGGAUGGGAGAUUGCCCGUUAAGGCAGUAAGAACGAUAGCGCGACAGCUUCUACUAGGGUUGGAUUUCCUUCAUAGGGAGUGCAGAAUCAUUCAUACCGGUAUACAUGGGUUACAGAUCGCCUUCUUGCCAUAA